UUAAGAGAUCAGAUGGAUCAUAAUAGAGACAUCAAGUAUUCAACUUUGAAAGUUUCUGACUCAGUUCAAUUUGGAGGAAUAAUGACAAAAGAUGAGUGCAAAGCUUUAGCUAGAAAAAUCAUGAAAAUUUAUGAUGGGGAUGAAAACGGCACAUUAGAUUCUUUUGAAGUUGGCUAUAUUCAAUCAGAUUGUUAUAGAGCUAUGAAUAAAGGGUUUAAUCCAACUCCAACAGAUAUUGCUGCUUUUUCCAGAAUCAUCGACAGUAUGAAACAUAAAAAGUAUUUUAGGACGAUAAUGUGGUAUGGUGACUGAUAAAGAUAUUGAAGCACUGUGCAUAAAGUACUUUGGAGGCAAUUUUGAUAGAAGUGAAAGAAGUGAAAGAGUGUUACCUGAGCAAACAAUAAAUUAAUAAAGAACUUAUGAGACAAGUACAAUCAAUAGAAAAGUCUCAAGUAAUUAGAAUAGCAGAGUAAUUACGGUUCAACAAUAAUCUACUGUCACAAAUUAAGUUUCUUAAAUUCCUAAUUCAUCUCCUGCCUAAAAUACAUAUAGUUAGGUUGUUUAAGAGAGAUUGGAAGUAGCAAGAAGAAUUUUUAGAAUGUUAGAUACAGAGAAAAAUGGAUUUAUAACUGAAAAUCAUGUAAGAUAAAGAACAAGUAAUUUAGGUUCCGUAAUUGCUCUAAGAAACAUAUAAAUUGAUGGGAAUGUCUAUUGAACCAACAAAUGAAGAUGUAGAACUAUGGAUGGAAAUGGCAGAUGAAGACAGAGAUGGAAAGGUGUUUUUAAAAGAUUAUGAAGCUUUGGUAAUCAGAAGUCUAAAAUAAUAAGGAAUAGUUUUAGAAUGAUUUAAAUAAAUCAACAUUUAACAAUUUAGUUAAGGAG